AUGGCGCCAUCGGUGUCAGCACAAUGCCGCAAAUGUCUCACGAAACUGAAAGCAAUCACUACGGCUGCUACAACGGAGACACACGGCUCACAUCCAGGUUUCGUGGGUCGUGAUCGAGUACGCGAUAUACUCGAAAGGCUCAGCUUAUGGAGUGGCAACAUAGGCGCCCUUCAUCCACCUAGAUCGUCGCUUUCCCUCGAAACACGCCUUCACAACGCCAGCGACGUAUUGAUCUUCAUACUGGAUCUGCUGACAGAACUUAACGAUGCAAUCGAUGAGCUCUCUACUCUCAUUCGACAGGUCGCUCCUGUCGAUCUAUUUGAGAAAGCUCUCAGCCGAGAUCGGUAUCGCUUCAACAAUCAGUACGACGUUGCUUACGUAGGUGAAAAAUAUCCCAAAUUGGCUACAGAAUCAGUUACUUGGCUCCGGAAAAGAAUGGGCGAGGCCAUCACCCGUCGGCGACACUAUCUCAGUUACAUCCAAGAUCACCGCGCGAAGCUCGAAGGCCUAUCCUUGGAUGCUGAGAGUCGGCCUGAUACCUUCUUCACGGAAGUGACCACCAAGAUGCAGCCGGGUGUGCUUUCGCAGGAGAUGCUCCUUACUAACAGCGGAGCUGAUUUUGACGAGGAUGCGAAGUCAUACACAACCAUAACGCAUUCUGUAGAUGGAGAUUAUGAAUCAUCUGCUGCUAUCAAGAUACCAAAACUCGAAGAUUUACGGAGAGACUCCGUGAGUGAAGUAGAGUGCCCUUUCUGCUUUCGUCUGAAAAAAUUCAAGAGCGAGGGACAGUGGCGACGACACGUAUUCUCUGAUCUUCGAGCUUACGUUUGCACAUUCCCCGACUGCGAAGUGGCCUAUUUCGGCGACAUAAACGAAUGGUUUCAGCACGAAAUGCAGAACCAUCGAGUCCAGUUCAACUGCCAAAUCUGCCGGGAAAAAACGUUUGGCCUCAGAGAAAAUUACCUCGCCCACGUUCGUGACAAUCAUCUGGACCUACUCAACAAAAGCGAUGAAAGUCUUGUUCUUGCCAUCGCAAGGCAACCGCUCACCCAAAUACCAACAGAGGAUUGCCCUUGUUGUUCAGAGUGGACAGAACGCGCUCAGGCUUCAGUGGUAGCCUCCGGCGCGUCCGAGGGUCAGCAAGAUCUGAUUUGCGCUGAACCAAAGGUGUUCAGACGACAUCUUGCUACUCAUUUAGAACAGCUGGCUUUGUUCGCUGUUCCUUUCCCCGCAGAUAUGGAAAAUGAAGCCGACUCAAACGCUGCUUUAGCCACGUACGAUCCAAACGAUCAACUGGAGGCCUUCUUUGUCAACGAAGGAUCGGAAAGAAAGCCGUACACGGAAGUGCAGAUAGAUGAACUCACAAGGCUGCUGAGUCGUUC